UUGUUGCCUGUAGUUUAAAUUUUAGAUCUGACUCCCUGGGAAUUUAUAUAUUUUCUUCCCUUAUACUUCUCAUAGGGCAUUUUUCUUUUGUCUUUAUUUUUCGUAACUUUAAAUAUUUUAAUUUAGAUUUUCUUAUUUGUCUAAACUUUCUACAACAAAAUAAUGGUUAAGAAGCCAGCAAAAAAGAAGGUUGCCGCUCUUCCUGCCGGAAUGAAAAAGGCAGAAGCGAAAAAGCCAGCCAAAGUUUCGCUUUUUGAAAAACGACCAAGAAAUUUUGCUAUUGGACAAGAUAUUCAGCCUAAACGUGAUUUGACUCGUUUUGUUCGUUGGCCAAAAUAUGUCCGUCUUCAGCGACAACGUGCUGUACUUGAGAAACGUUUAAAGAUUCCUCCACCAAUUAAUCAAUUCAAAUAUACUUUGGACAAGCCAAAUGCUGCUCAACUCUUCAAGCUUCUCGAUAAAUAUAGUCCUGAAACUCGCCAAGCAAAGAAAGAACGUCUUCGCAAUCGCGCACAAGACCGCGUUGAAGGAAAGCAAGAAGUCGUGACAAAACGUCCACCAACUGUUCGCUUUGGCAUUAAAGACGUUGUUAAGCUAAUUGAAAAUAAAAAAGCUAGUUUGGUGGCUAUUGCUCAUGAUGUUGAUCCAAUCGAAAUUGUUAUUUGUUUGCCAGCUUUGUGUCGCAAGUUUGGCGUACCUUAUGUUUUGGUUAAAGGGAAGGCACGCCUCGGGACUGUUGUACAUCGAAAGACUGCCGCAGCUGUUUGUUUGUGCGAUGUUAAUCCUGAAGACCGCGUUGCAUUAAAGAAUCUUGCUGAUGUUGCUCUUAACAACUUUAAUGAGCGUGGAGAUGAAAUUAAGAAGAAUUGGGGAGGUGGAAUUAUGUCCCAACGUUCUCAAGCUAGACAGGCUAAAAUUGAAAAGGCUCGAAUGAAAGAAGUCAGGGCUUAAAUAUGUGACAUUUGGGGAAUAAAGAAUUGUUUUUGAAAUGGUUAAAAAUUGUUUAUUUUGUUGAUUAAAAUGAAUGGUUUCUUGUUUUGAAAUUUUAUGAAAUUUUUAGAGUUAUUUACUCUUAAUGUAUUUUACUGAAAUUAGUGAUUCGAGGACUUUGACAUAAAAAAAUUGAGAAAUUUUUGUAUUUUCAGUCGCGUAGCCGGGACGAAUUUUUGAGAGAAACUGAAUUAUUUU